AUGGAAUCCGACGACAUCAUGCUCCCUUCGCUUCCACCCUCUGCCUUUUUCUUUUCUCCGACCACCAAGGAAUUUGGCGAGUCAAUUCGAGCUGACGACGCAAGUCAGCAUUGCCAGACCACCCUACAGUUGCAGAUCUUCCGCGAGCAUCCGCUGAGUCCUUACUGGGCCUGUCGCCUGUGCGACGCGAAGGGUCAGCCUGAGUUCUUCGCCGCUGCUGCUACGAGUUCGGCAGCGGACCAUCUCCGCAAACCGCAGACCGACCGACCGGCAAUUCUCGUCAGACCGACCGACCAGAGCUGCCGGUCGGAUUGGGUGGUCUGA